CUCGAGCUACAACGAAAGGCACAUGCUCUCUAAUUGCUGGAGUGAGCCAGCUGUGUGUGUCGAAGCAGCGGCGCCCAGGGGCAGACCUGAGCCGGGGAAGAUUGUCCCGGGGGAGGAGGCCGUUGUUGGGGACCAUUAGCGAGUGUCUAAGGAUUCCUCCUCACCAUGGAAACAGCAGCAGCAAACAGGGUCUGCGGGGCUGGCCUGAAAGCCGGCGGAGGCGAGCGCAGCCGGAUCCAGCGGCUCCCAGGCGUGCACCCGGCGCUGCCCCACGCCCGCAGCUGCUGGGAGCUAGAGGAGGCGCAGGGGAUGGAGAAGGGGGCCGGGGAUCAGCGCAGUGCGGGCAGAGCGCAGCCCCAAGCCAAGCCGGGCUAUCGCCACGCCAGACCCGCCCAGCCCAUCGCGCCGGUGGAGAACAUCAAAGAAAUGCAGCAAAAGCUCAAGGAGGAGAAGGAGGCCAAAAGAGCUCAGCUGGAUGGCAGGCAUGAUUAUAUAUUGGAUAUUGUUGCUUCCUGCGUGGACCUGGACAAAGCUGAAGUGGAAGAUGCUAUUCUUGAGGGUAACCAGAUUGAGCGCAUCAAUAAGUUCUUGGCCACUGAAGGAUUUCGUCAUAUUAUGUUCUACUAUCAAGAUGUGGAGACACCUGAAACUGGACAUUUUGGCCCACCAGGCACAGGACCCAAUCCUCACUCAGCAAGGAGCAAGAAACCUAAAGUGUUUGUGACAGAGGGAAUAGAUGUUGCUCUAACCGGUGUAUGUGUAUUCUUCAUUAGAGCUAGUCCUUCCAAAACCAUCACUGCAGAGAAUAUCCAUCGGGAAGUGAAUUUCAACAUGCUGGAUACGGCUCAGGGUGGCUUACUAAAAAGUGUACAGCAUUUGCUGUCAGAAAUCUUCAUUCCGGUCAUCAAGACUAUGAACCAAGGUUGGGGUGAGGUUGGUAGUCCUCAGCAGGCAGCUAAUAUUCGGCAGGACUUCCUUGGCUCCCUUGAGGGAUUUGUUAGUGUCUUGUCAGGAGCUCAGCAGAGUCUGAUGGAAAAGGUGAAUCUGAAAAAGUGUGACACAUAUGACUUGAAAACUCUAAAGGGACCUUCAGACUAUCUGGCUGUUGCUAACAGCACAGAAGCUUUAGAAAGAAUAGAGGCCUGCAUGAAAGUAUGGAUCAAACAAAUUGAACAGGUCCUGGCUGAAAAUGAUCAGCUGAGGAAAGAAGCUGAUGACUUGGGCCCACGAGCAGAACUGGAUCACUGGAAGAAACGAUUGUCUAAAUUCAACUACCUUUUGGACCAACUGAAGAGCCCAGAUGUGAAGGCGGUGCUGGGAGUACUUGCUGCUGCUAAAUCCAGACUUCUGAAGAGCUGGCGAGAGCUGGAUACUCGCAUCACUGAUGCAGCUAAUGAAGCCAAAGACAAUGUUAAGUAUCUCUACACACUGGAAAAAUGCUGUGACCCCCUAUACAACAGUGACCCUGUGUCCAUGGUAGAGGCUAUUCCAGGUCUCAUAAAUGCAAUAAAGAUGAUUCAUAGCAUCUCACGUUACUACAAUACCUCUGAGAAGAUAACCUCACUGUUUGUGAAGGUAACAAAUCAGAUGAUAACAGCAUGUAAAGCUUACAUAACUAACAACAAGACUGCCACCAUCUGGGACCAGCCUCAGGAAAUAGUUAUGGAGAAGCUGCAAGCAGCUAUUAGACUUAAACAGGAAUAUCAAAAUUGUUUUCACAAGACAAAAGAAAAACUAGAACAAAAUCCAGCUGAAAGACAGUUUGAUUUUAGUGAGAUGUAUAUCUUUGGAAAAUUUGAAACAUUUCAUCGACGUCUAGUUAAAAUUAUACAUGUCUUCAGUACCAUUACAACCUACUCAGUUCUGCAAGAAUCAAAGAUUGAAGGAUUGGAAGUUAUGGCAACAAAAUAUCAGAGCAUUGUUGCCACCAUGAAGAAAAAGGAGUACAACUUCUUAGAUCAACGAAAGACAGAUUUUGACCAGGACUAUGAAGAGUUUUGCAAACAGACCAGUGACCUUCAUAAUCAGUUAAAGACCUUUAUGGACAUCACCUUUGAAAGGAUUCCAACUACUGAAAGAGCUCUUAGUAUGCUGAAGAAAUUCGAAAGAUUAGAAAUUCCCAGUCUUGGCAUUGAUGAAAAAUACCAGAAAAUCCUUCAGAACUAUGGUCAUGACAUUGAGAUGGUCUCUAAGCUGUACACUAAGCAGAAAAAUGACCCUCCUUUGGCUCGUAACCUACCUCCAAUAGCUGGUAAGAUCUUGUGGGCACGCCAACUCUUCCACAGGAUCCAGGAACCAAUGGACCUCUUCCAACAGCAUCCCACUGUUCUGCAGACAGGAGAAGCCAAGCGCAUAGUCCGCAACUACAACAAAGUGGCAAAAGUCCUCUUGGAGUUUGAGGUUAUUUAUCACAGGGGAUGGCUUCAGCAGAUUGAAAUAACAAAAACAGGGCUUCAGGCAUCCCUGUUGGUGAAGGCUCCAGAGACAGGAGAAUUAUUUGUGAAUUUUGACCCUCAGAUAUUGACUUUAAUUCGGGAAACAGAGUGCAUGGCUCACAUGCACCUUGAAAUCCCGCCCUUCGCCAUUGCUCUACAGCAAAAGCAAGACUCAUACAAGAAGAAUUUCAAUCAACUGCAGAUGAUGCUGGCAGAAUAUAAGAGAAUUAAAUCAAAAAUACAAACACCCAUUGAUCAACUAAUGGCUCCUCACUUAGCUAAUGUAGAUGAUGCUAUCCAGCCUGGUUUAACUUCACUAAACUGGACCUCCUUGAACACUGAAAAAUACAUAAAUAAUAUUUUUGGCAAACUAGCUGAGCUGGAGCUGCUGCUUGAUCGAGUGAAUGAUCUGAUAGAAUUUCGUAUUGAUGCUGUUCUACAAGAAAUGAGCAGUGUGCCGCUUUGUGAACUGCCAGAAGAUGAACCACUUACCUGUGAGGAAUUUCUCCAAAUGACUAAGGAACUCUGUGUUCAAGGUGCACAGACUUUGCUUUUGAAAAGCUCAUUGGUGGAAGAAGCAGCCAAUGAGCUGAUAAACAUGUUAUUGGACACAGAGGUGCAUUCCAAAGGAGAAGAUGAGAAGUCAGUUCUGCUUCCAGUCAAUGCUGAAAUGAGUGAGGUGAAUGAAAGUACAGAAGAGGAAGGGAGAAAGGAGAAACUGGCAUCCUCUCAUACAGCAAGUCAGAUUAUGGCUGGGAUGUCUCCUCCUUUAACAAAGAAGAAGAGAAAGGAGAUGGAAAUGUUAGAGGAAGAAGCCCAAGAACUGCUUACCCACUUCAAUCACCGCAAUAUUGAUGCCCUUUUGAAGGUCACUCGGAACACUCUGGAGACCAUACGCAAGCGUAUUCAUGCCUCUUCUGCGAUUAGCUUCUUAGACAAUGACAGUGCUUCUAAGCAAAAACAGAGUGCUCAGCCUAUUUUUCGGACUAGCAUUAACCUGUCUAUCCCAAAUAUUGUUAUGAUGCCAGCUUUGGAUGAGGUACAGCAAACACUUAAUAAAGCUGUGGAGAGUAUUGUCAGUGUCAUGAAAGGAGUUGGGCAGUGGAGUAAAGAGAGAAUGUCUAAGAAAAAAAUGCUAGAAAGAAAAAUAGCUGCUUUGCGGCGCAGUAGUGAAGACAGUGAUUCUGAUGAUGGAAUGAGAGAGACUGGAGUCAAAAAUGCUCAGGAUACCACCUCAGAAGUAGCAACUGCAAACUUGCCUGCUCCAGUGCAAAACAAAAACUACUACAAAAAUGUUUCUGAGAACAAGGAAAUUAUUAAAUUGGUCUCUGUACUUAGUACUGUCCUCAGUUCUACCAAAAAGGAGGUUCUUACAGCUCUGGAGCGUUUCAAAUGUUAUGAACACAUCUGGCAAAGGAAGAAGGAGGAAACCAUCAAUAAGUUCAUAACAGGGAAUCCUUUACUCUCUGAAUUUGAGUCCCAGAUCCUCCAUUUCAGAGACUUGGAGCUGGAGAUAAACUCGGAGCCUGAAUACAUCUGUGUGGGAGCUAUGGCACUAUAUAGUGCUGACCUGAAGCUAUCACUGGCUGCAGAAACCAAGGCUUGGAUGAUUGAGUUAGGGCGUCACUGUAACAAGAAAUACAGAACAGAGAUGGAAAACAUUUUCACAUUUGUAGAGGAAAUCGGCAAGAAACUGAAUCGACAAAUUAACGAUUUGGAUGACAUAAGAAUAGCUAUGUCUGCAUUAAAAGAGAUUAGAGAGCAACAAAUCCCCAUAGACUUCCAAGUGGUACCUAUUGAGGAAUCAUAUGCAAUGUUAAACAAAUAUGAGCUGCUGGUGGCAAAGGAAGAGAUGGAGAAGGUGGACACCCUGCGCUAUAUCUGGGAGAAGCUUCUGGUCCGGGCAAAUGAAGUGCAGAAUGAGCUAGUAGCUUUGCAGCCCAACUUCAGGGGAGAACUAAUUAGCACUGUGGAGAUUUUCACUGAAGAUUGUCAUCAGUACUAUACAGACUACGACAAGAAUGGACCAAUGGCGGUUGGUCUUGAGCCUCAGGAAGCCAGUGACAGGCUUAUCAUAUUCCAGAACCGAUUUGACAGCCUCUAUCGAAAAUACAUUACCUACACUGGUGGGGAAGAACUUUUUGGUUUGCCUGUUACCCCGUAUCCUCAGCUACUUGAGAUAAAGAAGCAGCUGACCCUGCUACAGAAACUUUACAGCCUGUACAACAAUGUUAUUGACACGGUCAAUGGCUACUACGAUAUCCUCUGGUCAGAAGUUAACAUUGCGAAAAUAAAUAAUGAACUUCUGGAAUUUCAGAACAGGUGUCGCAAACUUCCUCGUGCUUUAAAGGAAUGGCAGGCAUUUUUGGAUCUAAAGAAGACAAUUGAUGAUUUCAAUGAGUGCUGCCCUUUGCUUGAGCUUAUGUCAAAUAAGGCCAUGAUGGCUCGGCACUGGAAGAGGAUUACAGAUCUCACUGAACACAGCUUUGAGGUGGAAAGCGAAACCUUCAAACUGAGGAAUAUCAUGGAAGCACCUCUGCUGAAAUAUAAAGAGGAAAUAGAGGAUAUUUGCAUCAGCGCGGUGAAGGAGAGAGACAUUGAGCAAAAGCUGAAACAGGUGAUUGCUGAGUGGGACAACAAAACUUUCACCUUUGCCAACUUUAAAACUCGUGGUGAGCUGCUCUUGAGAGGAGACAGCACUUCAGAAACGAUUGCUAGCAUGGAGGAUAGCUUGAUGGUUCUGGGCUCUCUCUUGAGCAACAGGUACAACACCCCAUUCAAGGCGCAGAUCCAAAAAUGGGUACACUACCUUUCCAACACAACAGAUAUAAUUGAGAACUGGAUGACAGUGCAGAACUUGUGGAUUUAUCUGGAGGCUGUUUUUGUGGGCGGGGACAUUGCGAAGCAGCUUCCAAAGGAAGCCAAGCGUUUCUCUAACAUAGAUAAAUCGUGGGUGAAGAUCUUGACGCGGGCCCAUGAGAUGCCAAAUGUGGUCCAAUGCUGUGUUGGAGAUGAAACCAUGGGGCAGCUUCUGCCACACUUGUUGGAACAGCUCGAAAUCUGUCAGAAGUCACUUACAGGGUACCUUGAGAAAAAACGACUUUCCUUUCCUCGGUUCUUCUUUGUGUCGGACCCUGCUCUCUUGGAGAUACUUGGCCAGGCAUCAGACUCUCACACUAUACAGGCUCACCUGCUGAAUGUCUUUGACAACAUUAAAACUGUCAGGUUCCAUGAAAAGAUCUAUGAUCGCAUUCUGUCAAUUUGUUCUCGAGAGGGUGAGACAAUUGAAUUGGAUAAACCUGUAAUGGCUGAGGGUAAUGUGGAAGUCUGGCUCAAUUCACUCUUAAAGGAAUCCCAGUCCUCAUUACAUACUGUCAUUCGCCAGGCAGCCAUGGAUAUCCAGGAAACUGGAUUUCAGUUGAUUGAAUUUCUUUCUUCUUUCCCAGCCCAGGUUGGGUUAUUGGGGAUCCAGAUGAUUUGGACAAGAGACUCAGAAGAGGCAUUGACUAAUGCCAGAUAUGAUAAAAAAAUAAUGCAGAAGACAAACCAAUCUUUCUUAGACCUGCUAAACACUCUGAUAGACAUGACAACCAAAGACCUCAGUCCAGUGGAGCGAAUUAAAUAUGAGACACUAAUCACUAUCCACGUGCACCAGAGGGACAUCUUUGAUGAUCUGUGCCGUAUGCACGUCAAGAGCCCUACAGACUUUGAGUGGUUGAAACAAUGUAGAUUUUACUUCAAAGAAGAUUCCGACAAGAUGAUGAUUAACAUCACUGAUGUGGGUUUUACAUACCAGAAUGAAUUCUUAGGCUGUACUGACAGGCUUGUCAUAACUCCUCUCACUGACCGAUGUUAUAUCACUUUGGCUCAGGCCCUGGGAAUGAACAUGGGUGGAGCACCUGCUGGACCUGCAGGGACAGGCAAAACUGAAACUACUAAAGAUAUGGGGAGAUGCCUUGGUAAAUAUGUAGUAGUCUUCAACUGUUCAGACCAGAUGGAUUUCAGAGGACUAGGAAGAAUCUUCAAAGGUCUUGCUCAGUCUGGCUCCUGGGGCUGCUUUGAUGAAUUUAACCGUAUCGACUUACCUGUAUUAUCAGUAGCUGCACAGCAAAUUGCAAUUGUGUUGACAUGUAAGAAGGAGCGUAAAAAGAACUUUAUAUUUACUGAUGGAGAUAAUGUGGAAAUGAACCCUGAAUUUGGAAUAUUUCUUACUAUGAACCCAGGAUAUGCUGGGCGACAAGAGUUGCCUGAAAACUUGAAGAUAAACUUCCGUUCAGUGGCCAUGAUGGUUCCUGAUCGUCAGAUAAUAAUUCGUGUCAAGCUGGCUAGCUGUGGAUUCAUAGAUAACAUUGUACUUGCAAGGAAAUUCUUCACUCUGUACAAGUUGUGUGAGGAACAGCUAUCUAAGCAGGUGCAUUAUGACUUUGGUUUGAGGAAUAUAUUGUCAGUGCUGCGCACGCUGGGGGCAGCAAAAAGAGCAAACCCCACUGAUACAGAAUCUACUAUUGUCAUGCGUGUUCUGAGAGAUAUGAACCUUUCUAAAUUGAUUGAUGAAGAUGAACCCUUGUUCUUGAGUCUGAUUGAAGACCUGUUUCCAAGUAUACAGCUUGACAAAGCAGGCUAUCCAGAACUAGAAGCUGCCAUUAACAAACAGGUUGAAGAAGCUGGCCUAAUUAGUCAUCCUCCUUGGAAACUGAAAGUUAUCCAGCUGUAUGAAACACAGAAAGUAAGGCAUGGAAUGAUGGCCUUAGGUCCUAGUGGGGCAGGUAAAAGUACUUGCAUCCACACUCUGAUGAAAUCCAUGACAGAUUGCGGACAGCCACACCGUGAAAUGAGAAUGAAUCCUAAAGCUAUCACAGCACCUCAGAUGUUUGGUCGCCUUGAUGUAGCAACCAAUGACUGGACAGAUGGGAUUUUCUCCACUCUGUGGAGGAAAACUUUGAGAGCCAAGAAAGGUGAGCACAUCUGGAUAGUUCUUGAUGGUCCUGUUGAUGCUAUUUGGAUUGAGAACCUGAACUCUGUACUGGAUGAUAAUAGAACCCUAACACUAGCUAAUGGAGACCGUAUUCCGAUGGCACCAAACUGUAAAAUAGUGUUUGAGCCUCAUAAUAUUGACAAUGCUUCCCCUGCUACUGUGUCAAGGAAUGGCAUGGUUUUCAUGAGUUCAUCAGUUCUCAACUGGAGCCCUGUUCUUGAGGGCUUUUUGAAAAAACGUUCUCCUCAAGAAGCUGAAAUUCUGCGUCAGCUGUACACUUCAUCAUUCCCAGAACUUUACCGCUUCAGCAUCCAGACCUUGGAAUAUAAGAUCGAGAUGCUGGAGGCCUUUGUGAUCAUGCAAAGCAUUAACAUGCUGCAGGGACUUAUCCCUUUGAAGGAGCAAGGAGGGGAAGUAACACCAGAGUACCUGGAAAGGCUGUACGCCUUCUCCCUCAUGUGGAGUGUUGGAGCAUUGCUAGAAUUGGAAGACAGAUGCAAAAUGGAGCACUGGCUUCGUAAUCAUAAAAAAAUAAAGCUUGAUCUUCCCCGUAUCUCAGAAGGAAGUGAAGAUACCAUGUUUGACUACUAUGUGGCAACUGAUGGUAAAUGGAUGCACUGGAGUACUCGUGUUGAACAGUAUGUGUACCCCACUAACAGCAUUCCAGAGUAUGGUUCCAUCUUGGUGCCAAAUGUCGAUAACGUGAGAACAGACUUCCUUAUUGAAACAAUUGCUGGGCAGGGCAAGGCUGUGCUACUAAUUGGUGAGCAAGGAACUGCUAAAACUGUCAUCAUCAAAGGAUUCAUGUCAAAAUAUAAUCCUGAAAGCCACAUGGCCAAGAGUCUGAACUUUUCAUCUGCAACUACCCCAUUAAUGUUCCAGCGUACAAUAGAGAGUUAUGUGGACAAACGCAUGGGAACAACAUAUGGUCCUCCUGCAGGCAAAAAGAUGACUGUCUUCAUUGAUGAUGUGAAUAUGCCUGUAAUCAAUGAGUGGGGAGAUCAGGUCACCAAUGAGAUAGUUCGACAGCUGAUGGAACAGAAUGGGUUCUAUAACCUGGAGAAACCGGGGGAGUUUACCAACAUCGUUGAUAUCCAGUUCUUGGCAGCCAUGAUCCAUCCUGGUGGAGGUCGCAAUGACAUCCCACAGAGACUAAAGAGACAUUUUUCCAUAUUCAACUGUACUCUGCCUUCCAAUUCUUCCAUUGACAAGAUCUUUGGUGUGAUUGGCAUAGGGCAUUAUUGUAGUCAGCGGGGCUUCUCAGAAGAGGUCAGAAGAUCAGUAGCCAAAUUGGUGCCUCUGACACGCAGGUUAUGGCAGAUGACCAAGAUCAAAAUGCUACCCACUCCAGCCAAGUUCCAUUAUGUCUUCAAUCUACGAGAUCUCUCAAGGAUUUGGCAGGGGAUGCUAAAUACCGUAUCGGAAGUCAUCAGUGAACCUAAUGUGUUGAUAAAGUUGUGGAAGCAUGAAUGUAAGUGUGUUAUUGCUGAUCGUUUCACAACCCCAGCGGAUGUAGAUUGGUUUGAUACAGCUUUGGCAAAAUUGGUUGAGGAAGAGUUCGGUGAAGAGAAAAAGGCUUUAGUGGAUUCGGAAACUGAUGCUUACUUUGUUGACUUCUUAAGGGGUCCACCUGAAGCAACAGGUGAAGAGCCAGAAGAAACUGUCUUUGAUGUGCCUAAAAUCUAUGAGCCAAUUGAAUCUUUUAAUCACCUGAAGGAUCGUUUAAAUAUGUUUCUACAAACAUACAACGAGACCAUCCGGGGUGCACGUCUGGACAUGGUAUUCUUCAAAGAUGCUAUGAUUCACUUAGUCAAGAUUUCUCGUGUGAUUCGCACCCCUCGUGGAAAUGCUCUCCUCGUUGGAGUUGGUGGCUCAGGAAAGCAGAGCUUGACUAAACUGGCAUCAUUCAUAGCUGGCUAUGCUACAUUCCAGAUCACUUUAACAAGAUCAUACAACACUUCAAACCUGAUGGAAGACUUGAAGCUCUUGUACAGGACAGCAGGGCUUCAAGGAAAGGGCAUCAGCUUCAUUUUUACAGAUAAUGAGAUCAAAGAUGAGUCUUUCUUAGAAUAUCUGAAUAACGUUUUAUCAUCUGGAGAGGUCUCCAACUUGUUUGCACGUGAUGAAAUUGAUGAGAUCACUAGUGAUCUCAUACCUGUCAUGAAAAAGGAGCACCCACGUCGACCUCCAACCAAUGAGAAUUUGUAUGAAUAUUUCAUGACCAGAGUCCGUCAGAACCUCCAUGUAGUACUUUGUUUUUCACCAGUGGGUGAAAAAUUCCGAAACAGAGCCCUGAAGUUCCCUGCCCUUAUUUCUGGUUGCACUACAGACUGGUUCAGCCGGUGGCCUAAGGAUGCACUGGUUGCAGUAUCUGAACACUUCCUGUCCUCAUAUGAAAUUGACUGCACCACUGAAACCAAGAAGGAGGUGGUGCAGUGCAUGGGCUCCUUCCAGGAUGGGGUAGCAGAGAAGUGUGUUGACUACUUCCAGAGAUAUAGACGUUCUACACAUGUGACUCCAAAAUCCUACCUAUCCUUUAUUCAGGGAUAUAAAGCUACCUACAAAGAAAAGCAUGCUGAGGUGAAGACAUUGGCCAAUAGAAUGAAUACUGGAUUGGAGAAAUUGAAAGAGGCAUCUGAAUCAGUGGCUGCUCUAAGCAAAGAGCUGGAGGUUAAAGAAAAGGAGCUUCAGGUUGCUAAUGAAAAAGCUGACAUGGUUUUAAAAGAAGUCACUGUGAAAGCACAGGCUGCUGAGAAGGUGAAAGCUGAAGUACAGAAGGUGAAAGAUAAAGCCCAGGCUAUUGUAGACAGCAUUUCAGCAGAUAAAGCCAUUGCUGAAGAAAAGUUGGAGGCUGCUAAGCCUGCUUUAGAAGAGGCAGAGGCAGCUUUAAAGACAAUCAAACCUGCAGACAUUGCCACUGUCCGUACACUGGGCCGACCUCCUCAUCUUAUCAUGCGUAUUAUGGACUGCGUGCUCCUGCUGUUCCAGAGAAAAGUGAACAGUGUGAAAGUGGACCAGGAGAAAAGCUGCACCAUCCCAUCGUGGCAGGAAUCACUGAAAUUGAUGACAGCAGGAAACUUCUUACAGAACCUGCAGCAAUUCCCAAAAGAUACAAUCAAUGAAGAAGUUGUGGAGCUUUUGAAUCCUUAUUUUGAAAUGGUAGACUAUAACAUUGAGACGGCAAAGCGAGUGUGUGGGAAUGUGUCUGGCCUCUGCUCAUGGACCAAGGCCAUGGCUGCAUUUUUUUCUAUCAACAAAGAAGUGUUACCCUUAAAGGCUAAUUUGGCAGUCCAGGAGAAUCGCCUUGCCACUGCCAUGCUAGAUCUGCAGAAAGCCCAAGCAGAGUUGGAUGAUAAGCAAGCUGAAUUAGAUUUUGUACAGGCAGAGUAUGAAAAAGCCAUGAGGGAAAAACAGACCUUGCUUGACGAUGCAGAACGUUGCAGACAUAAGAUGCAAACAGCCUCCAGUCUUAUAAGUGGUCUAGCAGGUGAAAAAGAGAGAUGGACUGAACAGAGUAAAGAGUUUGCUGCACAAACUAAGAGGCUUGUGGGAGAUGUAUUGCUGGCUACAGCUUUUCUAUCGUAUUCUGGUCCUUUUAACCAAGAGUUCCGCAAUCUGUUGUUAAAUGAUUGGCAAAAGGAAAUGAAAACCCGGAAAAUCCCAUUUGGCAAUAACCUAAACCUUACAGAGAUGUUGAUUGAUGCUCCGACCAUCAGUGAGUGGAACCUCCAAGGAUUGCCAAACGAUGACCUAUCCAUACAGAAUGGAAUUAUUGCCACGAAAGCAGCUCGCUAUCCUUUGUUAAUUGAUCCACAGACUCAGGGCAAAAUUUGGAUUAAAAAUAAGGAAACCAAGAAUGAACUUCAGAUCACAUAUCUGAAUCACAAGUAUUUUAGAAACCACUUAGAGGACAGCCUUUCUCUUGGAAGGCCACUGCUGAUUGAAGAUGUCCGGGAAGAGCUUGAUCCAGCAUUGGAUAAUGUUUUGGAGAAAAACUUCAUCAAAACUGGUUCUUCCUAUAAGGUAAAAGUUGGUGAUAAAGAAGUAGAUGUCAUGAAUGGCUUCAGACUUUACAUCACCACUAAGCUCCCAAAUCCAGCAUAUACCCCUGAAAUUAGUGCUCGCACAUCCAUUAUUGACUUUACUGUGACCAUGAAAGGUCUAGAAGAUCAACUCCUAGGGAGAGUCAUUCUCACAGAGAAACAGGAACUAGAGAAAGAGAGAACUGAUCUCAUGGAAGAUGUGACUGCCAACAAGAGAAGGAUGAAAGAGCUGGAAGAUAACUUGCUCUAUCGACUGACAAGCAUACAGGGUUCUCUGGUGGAGGAUGAGAGUCUGAUCACUGUAUUGAGUAACACCAAGAAGACUGCUGAGGAAGUGACACAGAAACUGCAGAUUUCAGCUGAGACUGAAAUACAGAUCAACUCAGCCCGUGAGGAGUACAGACCCGUUGCAACAAGAGGGAGCAUCCUAUAUUUCCUUAUAACUGAGAUGAGUAUGGUCAAUGUGAUGUAUCAGACUUCUCUUCGACAGUUUCUGGGACUCUUUGACCUUUCUCUAGCCAGGUCUGUCAAGAGCCCAAUUAUGAGUAAGAGAAUUGCUAAUAUAAUUGAGCAUAUGACCUAUGAAGUAUAUAAGUAUGCUGCCAGGGGACUUUAUGAGGAGCACAAAUUCCUGUUCACCUUACUGCUUACCUUGAAAAUAGACAUGCAGAGAAACAGAGUGAAGCAUGAAGAGUUCCUGACGCUUAUUAAAGGUGGUGCUUCUCUGGACCUUAAAGCUUGUCCUCCUAAACCAUCUAAAUGGAUCCUGGAUAUGACUUGGCUGAAUCUGGUGGAACUCAGUAAGCUUAGACAAUUCUCAGAUGUUUUGGACCAAAUUUCAAGAACAGAGAAACAAUGGAAAAUCUGGUUUGAUAAGGAGAAUCCAGAGGAAGAACUUGUUCCCAGUGGCUAUGAUCAAUCUCUUGACUGCUUCAGACGUCUCCUCCUUAUUAGAUCCUGGUGUCCUGAUAGAACCAUAGCUCAGGCCAGGAAGUAUAUCAUGGAUACCAUGGGGGAAAAAUAUGCAGAAGGAGUCAUCUUGGACUUGGAGAAGACAUGGGAAGAAUCAGAUCCACGUUCUCCUCUCAUCUGCUUUCUUUCUAUGGGUUCUGAUCCUACUGACUCAAUCAUUGCUCUGGGAAAAAGACUGAAGACAGAGACACGUUAUGUUUCCAUGGGUCAGGGACAAGAAGUCCAUGCUCGUAAACUUCUACAGCAGACCAUGGCACAUGGAGGAUGGGCACUUCUUCAGAACUGCCACCUGGGGCUUGACUUUUUGGAUGAGCUGAUGGACACUAUUAUAGAAACUGAGACUGUCCAUGAGAACUUUCGCUUGUGGAUGACCACUGAGGUUCACCGGCAGUUCCCCAUUACACUUCUUCAAAUGUCCAUUAAAUUCACCAAUGAACCUCCACAGGGGCUCAAAGCUGGUCUGAAGAGAACAUAUGGUGGUGUGAACCAAGAUCUCCUGGAUGUCAGUAACAUGGUGCAAUGGAAACCAAUGUUAUACGCUGUUGGUUUCCUGCACUCCACAGUUCAAGAAAGACGCAAAUUUGGACCACUGGGUUGGAACAUCCCCUAUGAGUUUAACCAAGCUGACUUUAAUGCCACUGUGCAGUUCAUCCAGAAUCAUUUAGAUGACAUGGACAUCAAGAAGGGUGUCUCCUGGAAUACUGUUCGCUACAUGAUAGGCGAAAUCCAGUAUGGAGGUCGAGUGACUGAUGACUAUGACAAAAGACUGCUGAACACAUUUGCUAAGGUCUGGUUCAGUGAAAACAUGUUCAGUCAAGACUUCUGCUUUUACAAAGGGUACAGCAUACCCAAAUGUACCACAGUGGAUCAGUACCUUCAGUACAUACAGACCCUGCCUGCUUAUGACACUCCUGAGGUAUUUGGGCUGCAUCCCAAUGCUGAUAUCACUUACCAAAGCAAGCUUGCCAAGGAUGUGUUGGAUACUAUCCUCAGUAUUCAACCUAAAGACAGUUCCAGUGGAGGAGGCGAGACUAGAGAGGCGGUGGUAGCUAGAUUGGCUGAUGAUAUGUUGGAGAAGCUUCCUGAUGAUUAUGCACCUUUUGAAGUAAAGGAAAGGCUGCAGAAGAUGGGACCGUUCCAGCCUAUGAACAUCUUCUUGAGACAGGAGAUAGACAGAAUGCAGAGGGUUAUCACCUUAGUGCGAAGCACUCUGACUGAUCUCAAACUUGCCAUUGAUGGGACCAUCAUCAUGAGUGAAAAUCUGAGGGAUGCUUUGGAUUGCAUGUAUGAUGCAAGAAUUCCUGCCCUUUGGGAAAAGGGGUCUUGGGCUUCCAGCACACUAGGUUUCUGGUUUACUGAACUUCUGGAAAGAAACCGUCAGUUUUACUACUGGAUAUUUGAGGGCCGACCAAACUGCUUCUGGAUGACAGGGUUCUUUAACCCGCAAGGAUUUUUGACUGCAAUGAGACAGGAAAUAACUCGAGCCAACAAAGGGUGGGCACUUGAUAGUGUAGCACUGUGCAAUGAAGUCACCAAGUGGAUGAAGGAUGACAUCACAACUCCUCCUCCUGAGGGCGUCUAUGUAUAUGGACUCUAUCUAGAAGGAGCUGGUUGGGACAGAAGAAAUUUAAAAAUCAUUGAGUCUAAGCCCAAGGUGCUCUUUGAAAUGAUGCCUGUCAUACGGAUUUAUGCAGAGAAUAACACUUCGAAAGAUCCUCGUCUGUACUCGUGUCCAAUCUACAAAAAACCACAUCGAACAGACCUGAAUUACGUUGCUGCUGUGGACCUUAAAACCGUCCAACCUCCAGAGCAUUGGAUACUGCGUGGCGUAGCACUUCUUUGUGAUGUCAAGUAAUGUUAAAUCAAUUUUCACUUCCCCCCUAGUGUUUCACACCAGGAUUUUAAGAGUUUUUUUUUCUGCACAUAAUUUUAACAUGAACAUUAAUGAGGAAGGAGAUUGAUGAUGGGUCACAGAUUUUUCUUUUUGGUAGUUGUGCUCCCCCUUUAUUCCACUCCUGCUUUAUCUAUUAGAAGUUAGUUAGUGGGCUAAAGACAUGUACUAGAAGAGAAGCCUCUUGGGACUGGAUGGCUCAACUGAGUGA